CUUAAUACUGCUUACUUCUACCAUGCGAGAUAGCAGAAUAAUCCUUCCUCCUGGUUUUCAUUUCCAUCCAACCGAUGAAGAACUUAUUGGUUACUUCCUCCACCGAAAGGUCACCAAUUUACCAUGCAAUCCUAGCAUCAUCCCUGAGCUGGAUCUUUGUUCAACUGAUCCAUGGGAGCUCAAUGAGAAAGCUUUGAUGAGCCAAAAUCAAUGGUAUUUCUUCAGCCAAGUGAUCCAAGGGCGAGCUACUGAAAAAGGGCACUGGGAAGAACUAGACAUGGAUGAAGAUAUAGUCACAGGUGCUGGCAAAAAAUUGGGAAUCAAGAAAUAUUGGGUGUUCUGCAUUGAUCAAGUUCAGAAAAGGAUCCAGACUAAUUGGGUGAUGGAGGAAUAUCAUUUGUUCAAAAGGCAUGUCAAAAAAGGGAGGGAUGGACAGAAAGAUCUCGGUGAAUGGGUGCUCUGUCGAGUUCACCAUGCAAACGCAGAUUCUCAAGGUAUUUACAGUGUCCAAGCAGGCAAUGAUGAAGAAGUUGAGCUCUCACUUUUGGACGAGGUAUUUCUCUCAAUGGAGGAUAAUGAUGAUGCAAUAAGCUUUCCCAAACUGCAGUAGAUAUAGA